AUGACGGCUCUCAACAAAAGUAGUGCCACAAAGGUGGCCAUCAUCGGCGCCGGCCUGACGGGUUUCCUCACUGCACAUGGGCUGAGAAAGAGGGCCCAUCACAUAACAGACCGGCCCCGCGAUUGGACGAUCCUUAUUCACUGGGCCAUGCCCCUCUUCAAGAAACUGCUUUCGGAGCCCCUUGUCGAGAGGUUGCCGGAAGCACUGUGUAACCCGGACAUCGAGUUUGACGAGGAAGCCGGGAGCUUGCCGAACAAGGUACCGGGGGCACGGCGAGUGUCUCGGCAGAAGCUUCGUGGCCUGCUAGCUCGCGAUCUGGACGAGGCGGGGAUCAUCCGAUGGGGCAAGCAGUUGGCUGGGUUUACCCAUAACGAGGAGUCGGAGGCUGGUCCCGUGCGGCUGCAAUUUGAGGACGGCACGACAUAUGACGCAGACUAUGUCCUCGGCGCCGACGGCUCAUCGUCCAAGUUGCGCCGGUUGCUGUUCGAUGGCAGCUUCAUGUAUGCGGGCGCCUCGGACGACCUCAGCCGGUGGACGACGAUGUGGGUCAAGAUCUGGCGGAAGAGCAGCGCUGCACCCCUUCCUGAGGGGGGGACUGCGGGCGAGCAGGCACUCGACUACCUGAAAGCGACCACAAAGGACCAGGCAGAGCCGUUCCAAUCCUUGAUCGACUGGACGCCGGAUGGCAGCGAGUGUUAUAUCGACGAGAUGAAAUACUGGGUGUCGAAGCCGUUUGACAAUCGCGGCGGGCGCAUCACGCUGGCGGGCGACGCAGCGCAUCCGAUGCUGAUCUACCGCGGGCAGGGAUUCCAGCACGCUAUUCUAGACGCGAGCCAGUAUCUCGACGCGCUCAUUAAAGUCCGCGAGGGUGCCGCUCGAGCGUCGGCAAUUUCGGCCUACGAUGCCGAUAUGAUUGAGCGGGGCGCAAAGGCGGUGCAGCAGUCGGUUCAGGAAGCCGAAUUCUCAAUGGACCCAAAAGCCGUCGACCAGAUGCUGAUGGCCAGACAAGGGCACGGCAGGUCGGCAACACAGGUCGACAACACCACCGCAGCCGACGCAGCCGACGCAAUGGACGCAACCGUUGACAAAUUCCUUGCAACUCUCCCACUCGAUCACAGCGAUCCCAGCCCCGCUCGGAUCCAAUCCGUGACCCCACAUGUUAUGGCCCACGAGGGGAACGUUCGCCAACAACAUCAGCAGGAAGAGCAGCAUUCCGGAAUUAUCUCCGCUGCUGAGCCAGAUGAAAUUCACGAUGAAGACGAGUUCGCCCUAACCGAUGGCUACGAGACCGCAUCUACAGGCUCAACUAGCGUCACGUCGUCCAUCUACGCCCACACCUACGAGAACGGCCGGGCAUGGGCGAUUGAAAUUGGUGAUCGAUUCCCGAACGCUCGCGUCCGCGGCAUUGACCUAUCCCCGACGCAGCCUGCGUGGGUGCCGCCCAACGUCGACUUCCUAGUGGACGACUGCGAACAACGCGAGUGGCUCGACCGCGAUGUCGACUUUGUCCAUCUUAGGUUCAUGACCAUCGUGCUCAAAGAUGUGGCGGGGGUGUUACGUCGGGCCUAUGAGAGCCUAAAGCCCGGCGGCUGGAUCGAGCUUCAGGAACUCUGCGCCGAGAUUCUCUGCGACGACGGCAGCAUGCCAGACGACGACCCGGUCAAAUACAUGUACGAGCUUAGCCACCGUGCCUUCUCCAAGUUCGGCAUGGACGUGACGCUACCGAAAUGUCUGGAGCCCAUGUUGGGCGACGCCGGUUUCGAGAACAUCCAGUACGUCGUCAAGAAGGUACCCAUCGGGCCCUGGGCGCGCGACAAGACACUGCGCGUCAUCGGCAUGUACCAGAAAAUGGCAGUACAGGACCUGAUGCCUGUCCUUCCUGGCCGACCCUUCACCGCUCUGGGCAUGUCGCAGACGGAGAGCCAGGUGACGCUCGCUCAUGCGAGGCAGGGGUUGGCUAAUAGGGGCGUGCACCGAUAUUUCCACUAUUACUUUUGGUUCGCCCAAAAGCCCCUAGGAUAGCCCGGAUUUUGAGUUUGUGCGAAAGGGAGGCAAUUGUGAAAGGUUGAGGUCCUGUAGCGUACAGUUCGGACUAAUGCUCUUCAGCAUGUGCAGUUCGUUGAAGGCGCGUACCCUUCCAUCAGC